AAAAUGAGAAUGGAAGUACUUGCAACAAAGAUUCAGUUGCCUGAGAUUUCUUUUAUCGCUAACAAUUUAAAGAAUUUCUCUGAAAGGAAAUGCUACACGACUAAGAAAAUCGAAAAUAGCUCAACAAAAAGCAUUGAGAAUUCAUUGAGACUGAAAUAUACAAAGCCCACUUCCCAAGCUAGAAAAAAUUCUUCAGACGCCUCUGAAAAAAACGUAUGUGUCACGAGAUUUCAAAGGAAAAUUCCAAUUGAGGAACCAAACUUUCAUUUUAAGUCUUCGGCAGGCCAUAACAGUUUAUCCAAGUUUAGACACCAAAUGAAAGAUAAGUUUAAAAAGAUACUAUCCAAGACUGCAGAAUCUGCUCCUACAAGUGCUCAGCCGUCGACGGUAUGUAUUUACAGCAGGAAUAAACUGAACAAUGCUCUGCAGAAUCUCUCUAUAACUAAUAAAAAUAAAAAUAAUGCAAAAGUUCCUAAAACUUCAGUACUAAAACUUCAGAAGUACGUUUCAAAAGAAAAGAAAAAUUCCACAGACCCGGAUAUUGAAAAGAUUGGUGGACUAGGAUCAUCAAAAGCUGCUUCCAGAAGGCCGCCUACAAUCAUCUGCUACAUCUGCGGUCGGCAAUUCGGGACUAAGUCCAUCGGCUUACACGAGCCUCACUGCCUGAAGAAAUGGCAGCUAGAAAAUGACAAAUUGCCCAAAAAUCUAAGGAGGCCACUACCCCAAAAGCCCGAAGUUAUAUUAAGAGGUGACGGCUCUUUCGACACAGCUGCCAUGUCAGAAGCUGCUUGGCAGAUGCAUCUGAAGCAACUCGUCCCUUGUGACAAUUGUGGCCGAACAUUUCUACCAGACAGAUUGGAAGUGCACCAGAGGGGUUGCCAUAUAGAUAAAAGGAAGAAUAAGACGAGAGGAUAAUGUCUCUUGUAAGAAGAUGAACAACGGUUGCCAAGAAAGCUGGGGAACUGCAGAGCUUAUUCUGGCAUUUUCUUUUGUUAAAAUAAUGUGUAAAACUGCGUUUCCUAUAU